AUGACGGUAUCAUCGGUACGCGGUCCGGACGCGAUCGCUGAGCCUCGAUCUAGUGGAAUAAACAUUAUUAUUGUUGGGUUGGGAAUUGGAGGAUUAGCUACAGCCAUUGAAUGCCAUCGCAAAGGUCACUCAGUCACGAUUCUCGAAAAGGCCUCCUCACCACGAGCUCAAGGUGAUUGCAUUGGAAUUGGAACUAACGCGGCCCGUGUUGUCUCAAAAUGGGGAACAAAUGGGCAGGUUCACCGGCAGCUCGAGGCCCAGGUGAGCCAUAUCCGAGCGGUCGAUAUACACGACCAGGCGGGGAAUUUCAUCGUGACGAAUGAGAUGACUGGGAGAUGGAUUUUUUUGAACCGGUGCGACCUCGCGAAUAUCCUGUACCAGCACACACAAGAGCUCGGAAUUUUAGUCCAGUUCAAUGCGCGAGUGUCAGAAUACUUCGAGACAGGCGAAAGCGCCGGUGUGAUAGUCAAUGAUCUGAAGAUGUCGGCGGAUUGUGUAAUUGCUUGCGACGGUGUUCAUAGCAAAGCCCGAGGAUUCGUCACGGGCAUGGAUCCGUCGCCCGUGAGUUCGGGAUAUGCUGCAUUCCGGGCAUAUUUCGAUGCUGAUGAGAUUGCUUCAGACCCCGAGGCAAACUGGUUGCUUGCCGGCGCAGGAAAAACUGACCAAGCAUUAGCAUUCGUGGGCAAGGGGUGCGAGUUGACUAUGUGCACUGUGAAGCUGGGUCAGGCUGUGAUGUGGAUUUUUACCCAUGCAGACCCCAACGGCAAUGCUCGAGAGUCCUGGACCGCCCCGGCUAAUGUCCAAGAUGUGCUUGAGCAGAUCAAGGAAUGGCCUUGUAGGGACCGGAUUGCUCCGAUAAUCAAGCGGACACCGGCUGGAAAAGCGAUCAAUUUCCCACUCCUCACAAGACCUCCCCUCGAGACAUGGCUAUCGCCCGCAGGGCGAGUUCUCUUGGUAGGAGACGCUGCCCAUCCCUAUCUUCCUAUGGCUGGUCAAGGCGCGAGUCAGGCCAUAGAGGAUGCGGCUGUGUUGUCAAUUGCUUUAGAGCUUGCUGGGAAACAGAACGUGCCCCUCGGCUUACAAGCUGCGGAAAAGAUCAGGCAUCAACGAGCGACCCUGAUCCAAACCGGCGGCAAGGAGAACCACGAUUCAUGGCAUCAGCCAGAUUGGGAUGCAAUUAAAAAGAACCCGGACCUGAUGAAAACUCCACGGCCAACAUGGAUCCUUGGGCACGAUUGCCAGUCGUCUGCAUACGAGGAGUUUCCUAUUGUUGUUGAAGCUAUCCUAUCUCAUAAGGAAUAUAUCCCAGUCAACGUUCCUGCAGAAGGAAUGCACCGGGUGAACGACUUCAAAGGCUUGAAGCAGUCUCUUGGCGCACAGUGGAAGGCGACUUCUUGA